UUAGAAGUUAUUUUGCUAAUUAUAAUUUAUUCUGCAAUGGUUUUGUGUGGAUUAAAGUUAUUUUGACAACAUCAUUAUCUUCUUCUCUUAAUUUUCCUUUCCAUUGAAUUGUAAAAAUAAAUUGACCAACAAUUUUGUUUUUAUGUUGAAGAAUAUGGCAACAGGUGGUUGUGACCCUCCUAUUCCACCUUCAGGAAACUCAGAUAAGGAGAAGGGGAAGAAGAAAGCUUAUCUGGUGAAGUUGAUGUCCCGUUUCAAUAACGUAAGUAGUUCAAGUAGUCAACCAUCUACACCUACCUCCACUGCUAGAUCUGUUCCACCACCAUUGGCAAUUCCUGGUUUGACACCUAUUGCACCAUUUAUUCCACCUUCAUUGGAAGUUCCUACCUUCACACCUAGUCCACAACAACGUGGUACUGAUCAAUGGAGAUCACCCUUCCCCCAUGUUGGUUCUAACCCAACAACUCGUACAAAUAUUGCACCAACACCUCCUACAGGGGAUGGAGUUCCACAUUCAAGUUCAGCGGGAAAUGUUGAAGAUGUUUCCGACAAUCGUCCAAUCAUUAAACCUAUUGGAGGAGGGUUUUAUCCAACAAAAACAACAUCCAAAGAUAUCACAGCCACCAUCAAAGGACAGUUUGAUGAGCCGUGGUUGACAUGGGGACAAAUCCCUCAGACUCGUAGAGAUGUUUUCUUUGAGCGUUUUAAGAGAAAGGUAUCAUGGAGCAUUGAACAUGAAGAAAAGGUUAANAAAAAUUUCCACAGCAAAGCAUCUCAUAGAUUAUCUGAGAUGUUUAAAAAAGCUCAAAGAGAAGGGAAAAAACCUGAGUGGAUGGGAGACAUUGUCUGGAAUGGUCUUUUAGAGAAGUGGAACAUGCCAGCUUUUAGACAAAAGUGUGAAACCACCAAAAAGAACAGGACAUCUGACAAGGGUGGUUGUUUGCACACCGAGGGAUCUAUUAGCGUGCAUGAGCAUGCUAUUCGUCUGUCACAGGAGCUUGGUCGGACAGUGCAUGUCGAUGAAAUUUUUCAGCAGACACAUAUUAGAGCAUCAACAGGACAAUUUGUCGAUGAAAGGUCUAGAAGGACACAUGUUAGUUUCUACUAA